AUGCUCCGGGUCUCUCCCUUCUUGUGGACCACCACCUGCCAUGUUCUUGCUUCCUACAAUGCUAUUGCUACCGUCUUCUCGAGUCACAGUGCAGUCUUCGUCUUCGUUUGAAAGAGCCCGUUGAUUUAAUUCACUGCCGCUCCUCCCGCGACACCCCAUUUUUUCAAGCUAGUUUUUCUCGAUUACCUACCAAAGAUGAAAGCCGACAACCGCCGGCGGCUAUGUAGAUGCAACGCACGGCUCCAUCUACUCUCUAGUCCCCUUCUCUUCCUUUUUCUAAUCCUCCCGGCGCCCUCUUUUGCUCAAAUCACCUCCGACAUUGCCUCUCCGACUACUCCGGGAGCUCCGGCUUCUGCAGCUUCAACCGUUCUCACUUCCCCGCUCCUGCCUACCACAUUCUCAACCUCAGCCGGAUCACCUCCCACAAAUACCGCUUCGAAAUCGCUCUCGCAAUCGAUACGAACUACCUCAGUCGCAUCCAGGGUUACUGCGGACAACGCUCCCCCAUUGUAUCCCGCAUCUACCUCCGCAACAUCCGAUGACCACGACAUAGAUAGAGAUUCACACCUUAUCAACUAUUACUUCGUCUUCCUAGCUUUGAUAGGAGUAUUUGCAUUGCUGGCAAUCUACGUACUCCACAAACGAAGGCGAAGGAGGAAAGCUCAGCUCCGGAGUAGCGGACAAAAUGCACUUGCGCGGGACCUCGAUGGGUGGGUCAAUACAAGGCGGUGGGUGCAUGGCAGUUGGAGAGGAGGGGCAGGAGGAGGUCCUGCAAGACAGGAGGAAGGGCUGAAUGAGGCUGGAGAAGCGCCACCGCCAUAUAAGCCUCAUGGUGACGCCACAGCCGAUGCUGCUGGAGCUGAUGUAGCACCUGUGACGUUGUCGUCAGAUGAAAGCCGCGAUACUGUCACAGGGCUAGCAAUCCCUUUGAGAACGUUGUCGAGAGGCGGGCGUUCGACUCUCAAACCGCCCGACUAUCAAGAAACCAUUCACCCCGUAAGCGUGAAUGAGAGCACUCGACCAAACACAACCGAGACUCGCCCUGGCACUUCUACCCGGGAGCUUUUGCAUCCGGAUACACCUUCGGACUCGGCAGCGUAGCUUUUCUAUUUUCAUAUGACCUUUUAGUUCAUUUCUCACAUAUUUCUGUUAAUUCUGUCCGCUUGGAAUCUGGACAUGGAGCCCGCGUUUGGGGCUGAACUCU